AACGGAUUAAUUCAUGUUGGUAUUUCACGCUUCGUUUUGCCAAGUGACGAGUUUCUGGACAUGACUAAGGUUAACUUAAAUAUUAGUGCAUCUGAAAAUCAGAGAAACCCAGUCAAUCCAAAUAAAAGAACAAAGAUCGUUCAUAACUCGGAAGAAGCCGUUUCGACGAACAGACAUGUCCAUAACGAUAAUGCAUCAGAAGACGAAGAUAACCUAAGGCACAAAAAACCAAAAGUUAAUUCCAACCAAGUAGAACAAAUAAAAUAUAAUUCCGUCGGGUUUGAUACAUCCUUGGAAGAAACAUGUGAUUUUGAUCAAUUGAAAGUGAGCGAAACGAAAACCUACUGUCCCGAGAAAGCUUUCGUAUUCAAAGCCAUUGAAAAAAAAGACGCUGGUGUGGAACAGCAGAUAAACCAAUUAAUGGACGAGGAUAUUAUAUUUGAAGAUUGGAUGGAAGGUUGGGAAGAUUUUGAUUUUACAAAUUGGAGCGAGAACGAGAGCAAGGCGAACCACGUCAAAUCGCCAAGAGAUCGCGUACGAAAAUUGGAAGUUUUUCAAGUUCAGCUUGGACAUUAUUUUUCACAAGGAACUACGAAAAAUGAAAAGGUGGUCACUCUGAUUGAUGAAAAUGGUGACUUCUGCUAUUUACAUUUGCGUGAGGAUUGGCUGGAGACAUCAAUAUGUGAUGGUAACGUCGUCAAUGUUCUCGGAAAAUUCGAUGAUGACAGCAAAU